AUGGCGUCGCCGGUGCUCAUCUCUGACACCGACCAGUGGAAAGCCCUCCAGGCGCACGUCGGCGCGAUCCACAAGACGCACCUGCGCGAUCUCAUGACGGACAUCGACCGAUGCAAGGCAAUGACGGCGGAAUUUGAAGGCGUCUUCCUGGACUACUCGAGGCAGCAGGCCACCACCGAGACCAUCGACAAGCUCUUCAAGCUGGCGGAGGCCGCAAAGCUCAAGGAGAAGAUCGACAAGCUCUUCAAGACUUUCAGAACUGGCUCAUGGAUUGGGGCAACUGGGAAACCAUUGACAAAUGUUGUCUCAGUUGGGAUUGGUGGUAGCUUACUUGGACCUCUGUUUGUGCAUACGACUCUCCAGACUGACCCGGAAGCAGCAUAAUGUGCCAAGGGCCGACAACUGAGAUUUCUUGCAAAUGUUGAUCCUGUUGAUGUU